AUGGACGACAAACCCACCGCGAGCGAUUUUUCAAGUCUUGCGGUGACCCCGAUCGCAGCUCUGUCUCCUGAACUUGAUACUCCCGAAGUACGGUAUCUCCAUGCAGUCGUAAUUCUCCUCUGGCCCUUUUCAUCGGCUACGAAGCAAUUUAGCUUGCUCUUGUCCGAGCCAGACUUCCGGUUACGAGGCGGCAAGGGCCAGGUCAAGGCGAUUUUUCGGGAGGGGGCGGCAGAAGCUGUUGCAAAGUCCAACAUCGGAAUCGGAGACACAGUUUUUCUAAGCUUGCAGGGAGCCAAAUGGAGAAGCAAUAGCCAUGAAGAUGCUAAACAGCUAGGCUAUACUGAAUGGAGUUUACUCUUCAGUGGCCGGGUGCUUCUUGAAGCACAACGUACCUCGACACCAUUAAGUAUAGUCAACUUCAAAUGUGAACGAGAAAAUUUGGGGCCUGCAGAACCACCGGUCACGCCAAAAAAAUUGUCUGAUGGAAUCGUGAGCCCCAUAUCUUUAGCAAACCGAAGCUGGGCAUCGCCUGCAUUCUCCCGAGCUUCGAAUGCCCCAUUUAGCUCGCCAUUAUUCGAAAGUCACGCCGAAGAGGAUGGAUAUAUACCAGGUAACGGGAGAAAGAGAACGAAGUUUGGUCGACCGAGUAGUGACUGGGUGUUUGUGGACUCAGCCCCCAGCCCUACGAAGGAGGGGGAUAUGUGGGAUGACGAGGAGCUAGUUGAACGGGCCGUUGAGGCUGAGGAGGCCCCGCUAAGGCCAUCUCCUGAGGCUCCGUCGCCCACCAAGGAUGGUGUAAAUGUUGAAGAAUUUGAAAUCCAAGGUGACGAGGGAGUCGACCGAGAUGUGGCAUCCCUUUCGUAUGAAGUUGAACAAGCUCCUAGAAAUGGCUCCCCAGUUGUUCCCCCGGUACUAAACCUUCCUGAGAUAACUGAAGAUGAGCCACGGGAUGCUUAUACAGAACCAUUUGCAGCUGGUAUAAACGUCGUUGACCGUCAGCAACCAUUAUCUCCCAGUCUUCCUGAAAUUGAGACCCCCCACCUUCACCCGGUUUCCCCGCUAAAUAUACCUGCCAUCUCUCCGCUUGGCACAUCGCUUGGGGCCUCAACGGGUGGCUCGCUGACACCUGCUGAUGUAGCAAUGGCCGGGCCUCCAAUGGUUGACCCGGCCACCCCUUGGAUGGCCAAAACAGGGAUAUAUACAGGGAAUCAGGAACACUAUUCAGUGUCUGACGGGGCGAUGAGGGCCAUUGAUGUUUCGCCCGACCAAGAAAACAGAACGUCAUUUGGCGGCCUUGCAGACGUUGUGGCCCAAAAUUAUCCACUGUCUAGAAACUCAGAGGAACCCCCCUCCGUGGCCAAUGAUGCCCUUCAAAGUGACUCGGAGGAAGAACUAGAAGAACAACCUAAGGAUUCGGGACACAUUGAGGACGCAGGGGGUGAUGAAGUGCUAUCAGUCUAUGGCGACACUUCAUCGGAUGUAGCUGCGGAAGAAGGAGACAGGACCAGAGCAAUAUCAGUUGAAUCGUUCGAGGGGACAUCCGACGAAGAUGAGGCUAGCGAAUGCCCUAGAGAUCAUCUUACGCCCGUUGCUAGUGAUAUAGAUGAAUCGCCAUCACCACAGCCCGCUGAGCGAUAUUCCAUCUCUUCUGACAGCGAUACUUCAAGUGACGAGGCAGAUGAAAACCUUUAUCCGAGAGCUGCAGCUACCGAAACAACCGAGCAAGAAGUUUUUGUGAUACACGACGAUGAAUCAGACGACUCUGAAUCAGAAGUCGAGAGUAUAGGUCCUGCCCAGGGGAGUGGAGGUUUGCAUUCUUCUGCUGAGGGAGAUAGUGAAUCUUCCAUUCAUCCUCGUUCGCAUUCUCCUGGUAAAUCGGCAUUUGAUAAACCUGCUGAAGCUAACACCUACAGAAAUGCAGUAGAGACCCAGGGUUCCAGCAUUCCAUCCGAUAUCCAUGCCGGAGAUAAAUCCCCUUCUCCCACUGACGUAUUGGAUGACGAUAGGCUAGGUAAUGGGACAAAGCCCUUGCCAGAGGGUCAAACAAUCACCACUCCCAUUAUGAACCAUGAGUUCACUACAGAGGAUAUUCACGAGUCAAUGGAACCCUGUUCUCAGCCCAGCCUACAACAGUAUCUGUCUGAUGCAAUAUGCAAUCCUACCCAUUCCCACAUUGAUUCAACCCUCGUUAAUGAGGAAAACCCUAUGGACCCCCAUGGCGACAAGCUCAUCUCGAGUUUCCUCGCACCUCAGCCGACAGAUUUUAUAACUCCAGAAAAUACCCAGGGCUCUUGGACGUCAUUCGGCUCUCAUUCACACCAUCUCUCAUUUCCAAUUCACUUGGACCCAAAUUUACCGACUCCGCAACCUUCACAAACCACGGAAGCUACUUUGAUUUCCACUUCAUUGGCUGAAGAUCAGUCAGGUAUCAAAACUAUUGUUGAUGUUUUCCACCCUCCCACUCAGAGCCGCCCCAGCACUUCCUCCUCAGUAUCUACCAAAGUUGAAGAGGCAAGGCCAUCUACCGCCAAUAUUCAAAUAACCGGAACGACAGAUAAUUCUCCUAGCGAAAUACACGAGGCGGUGCAUCAAAAGUCCCCCAGUGAGCCCGCUCCGGUGGUGCCUACUACGGAAACCGAAAUCGACCCAGAAAUUUCUGGACUACGCACCAAAUUUUCAUAUUUUUGCCCACUUUCACGCCUUCUCGAGAAUUUCAAUCAAUCGGUGGACUGUAUCUCGAUAGUUGUCGAUAUCACCCCCAUCAAUCGUGCAACUCAAGGUGCUAAAGACUACUAUGUUUGCCUACGAUUAACCGAUAAGUCACUUGGAGGGUCGACUACAGCCGCCCAAAUAUUUCACAAAACCAGAGAUGCCCUUCCAAUGCCUGCUGAAGGAGACAUUAUUCUGCUACGAAAUUUCCGAGUCCAGAGUUUGAACCACAAGAUGGUAUUGAACAGCACGGAUAACAGUGCGUGGGCAUACUUUUCCCAGGAAAACGAGGAAGAUGUGCAAAUUGAUGGCGCACCGGUUGAAUAUGGGUCCGAAGAACAAGAGUAUGCCGCGCAGCUUAGGAUCUGGUAUGUGCAAGAAGGCUCCGAGUUAGUGGCAAGGAAUAUCGCGCACGAUAGUCAGCGUGAAAGUGUCGAUACUAGCAGCAGAUCGACGAGUGAGGCUGGUAGCCAACUUAAAAAUAUCUUCAAAAAGCGGCGUCGAGCACGGGGUUCGACGAAUCGAAGGAUUACAGUUCAUGAACUGAGGCAUGGAAGACGUUAUGUUGAUGUUGGAUCACCCUCUGACAAUGAGAGUAUACACGAGUUGCGAAACGGGACACUAUACGCCCAUCCAGACUAA